AAUGGUCUUCCGGUGGCUCAUUCUUUUUGUAUUGCUCUACCGGUCCGUCCUACCUGCAGAAGAAGUGGUGGUUGUCGAUAUUCUCACCAACUCUACAAGUCUUGAAGAACCCACAGAAGAAUAUACAUGCGACUGCAAUACAGAUGACUUGAUACAAAAGGGAAACUAUACCCUCACUGUGGAAGUGAAAAACAUGCAAGUGAGGCUAGUAGAACCAUUUCGCGAUGCAAUUGCUUUUACGACAGGCGAAAAGAAGCAUCUACUAGAUUUUAUACGAUUUGUCACAUUACGAGAAGUUCGGUCCACGUACCCAUUACUUUUGAACUACACCGACUUUUUAAACUCAUUCGAUGAGAUGAUUGGAACGUUCAGGAAUAUUUUAACGACAGAAAACGCGAUUUCCUUGACUGGAAUCAAGUAUGAAGUCUCUACUGCGGUGCAAAAGUUCUUGAGUGCAAUUCUUCCUGAUAUGUUCCUCUGUUUGUCAGUGGGAAAGUGUCGAACAGUUCCAUUGGACUAUCACAAUUGUAUGAUGGCUAGUACAAAACACUGGUCGGUCUAUUUAGGGAAUACUCCUAAUAAAAUGGCUAUGACAAUUUCUGAAGCCAUAUACCGGUAUCGAAAGGUUGAAUUUCUACUCGUUGACAUGCACAAGCAACUUAUGAACGCUCACAAUUUAACACUUUCCCAUGAGUGUCUUCAAGAAUACGUGCAUACAUUGCCAUGCAAUUGCACAAUGGCUGGAAUCACACCUUGCCACACUUCUUGUUCAAACUCAAUGGAAAAAUGCUUUGGGAAAUUUUCUCGAGAGUGGGCAGCCAAAUUGCAUCUGAUGAGGAAUAUGACGAGUACGAAGAAGUCUUUUUUGGAUGAGUUUUUAUCACUCAAGAAAACCAUCUUCUCUGUAAUUCGAAUUUUCAUCGAACGCAAGUCAUAUGUCUACGCGGAGCACGUGUUCAACUCGUGCGGUCCGCUUGGCGAGAUGAUCAUUCAUCCAUCAAAGCACUCUGUUCACUUUCAGUCGCCAGGACCGUUCGUUUCCCGAGGAGACGGAGCCGUGAGAGAGCUUCAACUUUCUGCAAAAACGUGGGACCGACUCGGAAGGAAAAUCUGUGAUCACUCGGGAGUUGUUCUGAAUCCGACAAUGUGUUAUGAUGGUACAAAAGUCAUUUCAAUUGAUCAUGAUCUACUUCCGAUAACAAAAGAUGUUCGUCCUAGACCAAUGAUGGACUGGAUCGAGAAGAAAAAUGAGAAAAAGGCGAACGUAGAAGGUUCAGCGUCGAAUCCAUUGUGGGAUGAUGAGGACUCGGAAGACUUUGAUGGGUCUGGUUCAGGAAUGCCACCAGUUAUUGAUAGGAAUCCGGUUAAGGCAAUCAUACAAGAAGAUCAUCCCAAAAAUAUUGAUCUAUCAACCAACCCCAAAGGACCAUCAGUGAUUGUUACGGAAAAAGAAAUUCAGCCGGAUGGAUCAACAACAUCUAGUAUCCUGAUUUGUGUAAUAAUUGUUGCAGUUAUUAAACUUUUUUGAAUCUUUUUGAUUCUGUUUUUUACUAGUUUUUAAAUCUUGAACUUUGUUAGUGAUAGUCAUAUUCUCCCGGUCUGAUUUUUUGCCCCUCCUGUCAUGGCAAGUUGCCAUCUAUCUUUCCAUUGACCAAAUUUACAAUUUGAUGCCACGUUUCUUUAUGGGUAUACUGUUUCCUUCCUCUUCAAUUUCUCGGAGUUUACAUCAGGUUUUGUUCUUGUUAAUUUUUGUGAAUCCACCUCGGGUCCGAUUCGCAUUCAUACUUUCAAAAAGUUUUAUAUGGCUUGCUUGUUAUAGCAAUUUUGAAUUCAUUGUAAAUCAGAAAAUAAUAAUUUAUUGUUUUUGUCCGUUUGACACAUACCUCAUACUUUUCUCUAAUAAAAAAUAGUAAAUA